AUGGAUAGAAGUGUAGAUUCCAUCGGUAGUUGCUCGCUUGAUGUAGAUGCUGAUUCGACCGAUUUCUCUGACACGUCAGGAGAGCUAAACUUUCUAACACCCAUCUCCGGCAAGGACAUCACCCGGGAGUUCACGGCCGGAAUAAAGGAGCGUUGUAUGGUGCCGGUGAUCAACUGCCAGGCAGUAACGAGCGUACUGGAUCCAGUAACCGGUCACAUCAGCACCGUUCUCACGACGACGACGACGACGGCCGCUUCGCCAGUGGGCACCCAACAGCAGCAGCAACCGCUGCUAAGCAACGGCGACAGUAUUGCGGCCUCGCAGGUCAACAAAAAGCCCAGCUAUCUGAACCUCGCCUGCUGCGUGAAUGGCUACUCGAACCUGACGACGUACGAUUCGAAGCUCCGCCAGGACAUAAACAAAUCGCGCGAAGUGUCCCCUAGCCGUCCGAUCAUCGCGACGCUUCACUACAACCGCACGGAUUCGACCGGUGCCGGUGGUGGCAAUCAUCUGCUGGCGGCGCCCACCCUCAGCUACGUCAGUAUGAACAAUACGAUCAACAACAACUACGGUGGGACGACGGGGACCGGUCAGCUUGGGUUCGUCGGGAGCAGAAUGUUCAAGCUAAACGGAGGUGGCGGCCUAGGGCGCAUUCGCACCAUGAACGGAACACCAGCGGGGGGGCCGGUAGACGUUACCGAUUGCGCGUUGUUCAACGGCAACGGCACGUUGCGGUCGAAGGUGAUUUCGUCACAGUCACAAAUCAGCAGCCUUUCGCGGGAUGACCCGUCUCAGAUGACACCGAAGAAGAGCUUCAUCCAGCAGCGCGUCGAGAAGCUGUACGGGGCCAGCGAAGGAGUGGUCAUCAACAAACAAAUCUACAGCAACAGCGAGCGGAAAUACCUAAACAAUAUUGCAAACGAAAACGGCACCAGCAACGGUGUGGUAGGGAACGGCACCGCAUCGGCCACGCUAGGGCACAGUAAAGGGCAUCUGUUGGCGACCGGUGGCGGAGGGUCGCUGUUGAAGAACGGGUCCGGUUAUCUGGCGAACGGAACCUACUCGAUUGUGGUGGAUGAAAACAAUAAACUGAUAGGCAGCGAUGAGCAUCAGCCAGAAGACGAUCCCGACGUCGAGGCGCUUCCGGUGUUGCGACACUUGCGGCCCGAGUUUCGCGCCCAGUUGCAGCUCUUCUCGCCCAAGAAAAUUCCCAAACCAUCUCCAAGCCGUUCCCUGGGAGCCUCCGCUGCAGUCAACGGUAAUGUGCAUCCCACCAACGGUACGACGACGACGACGGUGAUGAGUCACUGCAGCGCUAUCGAAGAGAGUCUAUACUCGCGAACGCAACGUCACCACGCGACAGACGAAGCGCAUUACUCGUCGAUCGAUACCAGCUACGACAGCUUGCGGCAGGAGGAAGAUUUGUCUCGAAUGGCGAGCACUACUAACGGCGCGAGCAAUGGACAUCAUUACCACGAGACCAAGCGUCACCAUAGCAACGCUGCACGCACGAUGCACGUUAUCGAACAGCGCGGCAGCAGUCCCUCUGAUAGCCCGGUGGCGACGAAAUCGGUGGAGCACACGAUACCGCCAGCGUCCGUCGUUGCCGUUGACAACGCACGGGAGACGAUUGUAGUAUCGGCAAACACCGCGAGUCGCGCCACCGUACCUGUCGACAUUGCCGCUGUACGACAUCAGCAACCGGCGACGACGUCGGGCGGUUCAUUCGAUAGCACGGUGCCCGAGAACAAAGUUCACAACGGUGUCGAAGAGGCGAAGGACGUCGAAAACGGCUGCAGCAGCGAGCUCGUGGUGAACGGUGGUGAAGUUUUAAAUUGUGAUAAUCCUUCGGUCGAGAUGAGAGCGGUCGUGCCAGAGGAUCCGGCCGGCACCGGAGCAACAACGGGUGCAUCGGAAGAGGACAGUGCAGUGAAACCGAUGGCGCCGCCAGUGGCCACUACCAACGGCAAUAGUGCACACAGUCUCAACAAUAAUAACAACCACGAGCUCGACGGAAACUAUUUCCUGCAGAUACUGCGGAACGAGCAGAACCGCCUGCAAACGAUGGCCACCUCGGUGGAGCAGGAGAUCCAAAAGCUUAAGGCCGACGGCGUCGUCCUGUGUGAGGAAAUCGAUGGCUACACGCUGGUUGCCAUUGGCAAAGCCCGUCUACUUUGCUCGCAGAAGAUGAAACAAUUUGAAGGACUGUGCUACACCAACCUGAACCAAGUGCCCGGCGAAAAGUUCCAAACAACUGGCGAAGACCUGCGAGGAUUCUGGGAUAUGGUGAUGCUGCAAGUGAAUGACGUCGAUGCAACUUUCGUUGAAAUCGAUACGUUCCGUAAGAACGGUUGGAAGAAACCUAUCGUCAAAAGCCCGCUUCCUGCAGCACGCAACGGGGCCACCCGUACUACAAAGCUUAUCAAACGUCCAUACAAAACGGCUACGACAAAUGGUGCCACCAGCAGCAGUAGCAACGUUACAGACGGUGAAACGAAAAAGGCUUCCGCGGCGUUGGCCGCUGCGAAGCGCGAAGCGCAACGCAAGCAGCUGAUGGAAAUGAAACGGAAACAGAAGCUGGCAGCCAACGGCCAGCAAGCGCUUGAAAUUUUCACACAAACCUCCGCCGUUGCGACCACCUCCGACGGAACCACUCCACUGGCUCCUGCUGCAAAUGCUUCGACGCUGGUCGAUACGAGUUGAUUUCGUGCAUCAUGCUUCAAGGAGCGUUAAGAUCGCACCACCAUAAACAUCACCAGCUCGCUUUACCGUCGAAAUCUUGAUAGGGAGUGAUCGGGAGAAAGUAAUUCGUAAUUUGGCACCCCGAAAUUCCACUGCUGGAUGCGUAUAUAUUGUAUAAUAGUUCACACAGACACAUUUGAAGACACUGGACUGAUAGAUUUUCCGUCACGUAAGGCUCACGCUUCUAUUUUGCCGAAAGUCCGAUACGAAACGUUGCCGCUUACUGGCUGGCUCUCUGUGCUGUGCACAACGUUCAAUCCUUGCUCUCAAAACCUGCUUGUGACGUUUUUUUGCGUAUACCGUAUCGUGGAAAACGAGAGCGAAAGGAAAGAUAUAAAUGAAAGAUAUAGAAAUCGUUGUAGAAAUAGAGCAAUAGAUAGUGAACGAGAGUAAAAACAAAAGAGAGAAUGUGAAAGAAGGAUAAAAAGAAAGAUUGAGAGAAUGGUAAAACGAUCGAGAGCGAGAUCGAGCAAGAAAAUGUGGUUGCAAGAAGAUAUAAAUGAUUGGAAAGGCCAAGACAGAGUGAUGAAGUUUACCAGGGGGAAGAGAAAGCCAAGGCGAAGAAAACGUACACAAAUUGUGAUUGUUUUAUACAUUUUUAUGGUCGAAUAUUAAAAAUCUACUACUAUCGAUUAUCGUAUUGCUAUAAUUAUUCACUUUUUUAUUGUAAAAUUAUGUGUUCCGACAUUUUAACGGUAUUCAAACAACACGAAAAAAGCACAUGAAUGCAAGCAACACGUAGCGAAGAAAUAAAUAGUGCAAGGAACUGGUAGCUGAAGCGAAAAACAGAGCGUAUGUAGGCAAACAAAAAGUAGUUAGACACAUUGGAAUGCGAUCGCUAAUUAGUGUGUGAUAACGAGGGACGAAGCAGAGGAAAGUAUUUCUCUGUUAGGCUCACCUUCGUUUAUCUCCCAACUGCGCUCGAAGCCAAUAUGCUCUUGGUUGUGGACUAUGCGAAUAAGCCAGCAACAAAGACAAGCUCAGUACACAUGUCACGAAAAUGAUCAAACUUACAACCAACCCCUCUGCCUGAAACGUACGCGUGUUGACUGUAACGAACUGCAUAUAAUUAGUUCUAUUGUACACACUGAAAGGAGAAUGGAAGGACGAAUCUCUAUUUAUUAACAAAAAUGAAAACCUCAUAACUAUCCUUUAUCAAUGUGUUUAGUUUAGCUUAAUGUUGGGCGCGCUUUACUCCCUGUGGCGGCUUCGCGAUCUUUGUUUAGGGUGUCUACGUCAGUUUUAUCCAUCUCGUUGAUGACUUUUGACGUGCCGUACCAGAAGAGGAAUCCUGUUGCGAGGUAGUGUUGCGGAUCCUGUUACAAACUGUGUCUCGGUGGCGGUGGAUUCCAAAUAGGCGAUUGGCGAAAUUUCUUCAAGAUUGUACCCGUUUCUGAAGCUGCUUUUGCAUUUCAAGUCAAAAUGAUAAUGAUUGCUAUUUGCUCGUCGUUUAUGUUUCAGUUAAAAAUGCCAUUUGAAGGAAAGUUUAUAUUUUUAGAUGAUUCUUUCUAUAUUUUGUAGUUUGCAUUUUUGUGUCGUAAGAUGCGUAAAAUGAGCGAAAUCGACGAGUAAAUGAAAACAUCAUACCGAAGAGGUUGCGACCAUUUAAAACAAGUAUUUAUGAGCGAGUGCCUUAUCUGUCGUUCAAGAAAGAAGAGGCGUUCAAGAGUACAAAGUAUAAUACUUUUUUUGUGCUCACAUUUUCUUGAGCUUUAUUAUUUCGUCUCUUUUCGCGUAUUAUUUAUUAUUUUCUCCCU